GGCCCGGCGAGCCGACCGGGAGGAACGGGGAAGGUCCACGUGGGAGCGGCCCCCCUCUUUCCCUUCCUUGAUGAAGGGGCUUGGAUUGACAUGUGAAGUCUGGCCUGGAGGGUUGCACCAGGGACUCCGCAUCUAGGCUUCCUUUGGGAUCCUGCAAGUUGUAAAGAUAACCACCUGCUGCCUCAGUUGCCUCUUUGUGUCAAACGGAGGUGAAGCAGCCUCUGGCCUCAUUAUCACUUGCAAAGAACGGGGACAUUGUGAGAGCACGCGAGGUAGCACAAACAUGUAAACGUGCCAGGUGAAAGCCCAGAAAGACCUCCGUUCUUCUGGGAUGUGGUGGCCAGUGGCCAAUGGCCAUUUAACAAAGGUCUAUAGUGAGAUGAUUCUUGAACAGGACUUCAGAAGAUGAGCAAGAUUUUUGCCAAAAGGAGAAAAAAAAAGGAAAGCAUGAACAGAAAGAUGGAAAUGUGGAAGUCCAUGACGUGUUCAGAAGCCACUGAAAGACUUUAGAGAGGAAUAUGAUGUGAUCAUAUUUGUAUUUUGGAAAGAAAACAGAUAGAGAUGGAUGCCGUGUCUUAUCCAGUACUGAAAAUUUGAAGUUUAGAAGACAUUUGCUAAGUCAGAUCACUUCAAGUUAGUUAUAAUUGUGUGACAACAAAUAUUUGAAGAUUUUUCAGAGAAGUUGCUAUUCAAGUCAAAUACAUCAUAAUGCAGAAUUCUUUAUCAGUACCACCAAAAGAUCAAGGUGAAUCCCACAUCUCUUCUGGAACGAUUCAGAGUGGGAAAGGCUUGCAGAAUAAGAGUCAGUUUAGGACCAUUGCGCCCAAAAUUGUGCCCAAAGUCCUAACCUCCAGGGUGCUACCAUGCCAUUCACCGUCGCUCUCUGACCCAGUGAAUCCGGGCCCUUCCAUCAACGCCAAGCCACUGGGGGUGCCUGCCCAGAAUUAUGCCCUGAUGCAGGUUGCUGGACAGGAAGGGACCUUUUCUCUCGUCGCCCUGCCACAUGUUGCUUCAGCUCAGCCAAUCCAGAAGCCCAGACUGCCACUGCCCGAAAACCUCAAACUGCCUAUUCCUCGAUACCAACCACCAAGAAAUAACAAAGGAUCGAGAAAGAAACCUGUUCAGAGCUCCUCUGCGAGUGGCGGUGACAUACCUCCUGCCCAAAACCAAACGCCCCCCUCCCCCCCUGACCGGCCUGAACCUCCGCACAAAGCCAGUACCUCAGAGCAAGCACUGUCGCAGUCACUAUACCCAACCCCCGCCAGCGUUGGCUCAGCGGUACCAACCCACCGAGGUGGCUCUGGAGACCCUCCGCCUCCAGCAACCAGUGACCGUGGAGACCUGCACCCUCUUGCCACCCCGACGCCAUCCACACAAGCAGAGCCCUCUGCCAAGCAGGCCCCCGCCAAGACUCUAGGGAGAGCGGACGUGCUGAACAAGAAAACGUGCAGUAAACCUUGUGCCAUUGCCGGUGGAAAACUUAAAGAGAAAGGUGAUCUCGCAAAAGCCAUGACCAUUUUAUCACCAGCUGUUUUUGGCAACACAGUGCAGCUGAUCUCUCCAGUCCCCAGAGGUAAAGUGCCCAUCCUGCCCUACGCCAGAAUGAAAACAGUGGAGCUGUGCAAAGCACAGUCAGAUGUUAACACCGCAGACAGCUCUGUCCCUGGGCUUGGGGCACCCUGUGCCAAGACACUGGCCGUCACAGGAGGCUUCCACGCCACCACCAGAAUGGCUAGCAAGACGCCUGCCCCGCAGCCAGCAAGGCAGAGUCCCUGUGGAAGCGCUUUCUGUCCCGCCACCAGACUGGACCUCAGCCACAAAGCAAAACUGAACAAUGGGGCAGCAAAGAGACGAGUAAGGAAACGAAAGGUACCAGAUGAAAUGUUGGCAUUUCAGGGGAAGAGGAGGAAAUGUAUCAUUAAUAGGUGUAAAGACAGCAAAGAAAGGGUGAAACCCGAUCCCCAAGAACCCAGGGACCAAAAACCUGGGGCUCUGAAGAAAUACCGUAGCAUUAUGCCCAAGCCUGUGAUCGUCGUGCCCGCCCUGGCUCCCCUGGCCUCUCCCACGGGUGUGGCACAGGCCCAGACACCUGGCAGCCUGGGACAGGACAUUGUGUUAAAUCAUCCAUUCACUCCUAAAUACCUGGGCUGGAGGCAGGAUGGCAGCGCCCCUCCUAAGCCCAGCUCUGCAUUGAGGAACGGCUUCUCCGGCAUCAAGAAGCCCUGGCACAGAUGUCACGUCUGUAACCACCACUUCCAGUUCAAACAGCACCUCCGAGACCACAUGAACACACACACGAACAGACGGCCCUAUAGUUGUCGGAUCUGUCGCAAGGCCUAUGUACGUUCAGGCAGCCUGAGCACACACAUGAAGCUGCAUCACGGUGAGAACCGUCUGAAGAAACUCGUGUGCUGUGAAUUCUGUGCCAAGGUGUUCGGUCACGUCAGAGUCUAUUUUGGUCACCUAAAAGAAGUGCACCGGGUUGUCAUCAGCACUGAGCCGUCCCCCGGGGAAAGGCAGCCAGGGGACGUGCCAAAGAGCAGAGGCCUGGGUGUGCGAGGGCCAGAGGGCCCCGUGGAGAGGGAAAACAAGUCAAGCCCGGAAGAAGAGCUCCUCCUGAGCCAGGCAGAUGAUGUCAAAUUACAGAUCAGAUGUGGCCGCUGUCAGAUCACUGCCCAGUCCUUCGCUGAAAUCAAGUUCCAUUUACUUUACGUUCACGGAGAGGAAAUUCAAGGCCGGCUACCAGAGGAGAUCCUUCCAGGAAGCCCGGCAGCUCCAGAGGAACUGGCGAAACAUGUGGCUCCUUUCUGGAAACAGCAUCCUGAGAGAAGAAAACUGCUGAAGAAGCUCAGUCCCCCCGAAGAUGAGCUCCCCGCAUUUCCCAAAUUGAAAGGGCAGCCCUGCCUGCCUCCUCAGAACAGUGUGGAGACGCUCAGGAAGAUGGAGGGAGCCCUGGCAGGGAGGGAGCAGGAGUGGGGGGCGGCCCCCCGGGGCCCUGCGUGUCCCAGCCCCCACGCCCCCCCCUUCCUGGGGGCCCAUUCAGGCCUGAACUGUGUCCUUUGUGCACAGACGCUGGCCAGGAAGGAAGACCUCCUCCUACACUGGGAGCAGCGGCACUGCUGUGAGGACCCGCCCAAGCUGUGGACCAUCUUAAAUUCACUCCCCAACCAGGGGGGGAUCGCACUUUCUGGCAAAUCUGAAUCCUGAAAUACUGGGGCAGGAGGGGGUUCAAGAGAGUGUUGCUUGCUCUUUCUCUCAAGGCUUUGUUCUCUUAGGGUGGUGCUUAAUUAUAAAACCCAAGCAAGUUAGGAUCAGCAUUAAUGAGCACAAGGGAUUUUGUACAUAGCUAUAUUUUCUUAUUUUCUUUCUCCUUCAAUGUAUAUUUUUCUAACCAUGUGCAGUUUUAUUUCAGAAUUCUGUGUACUGUUAAUGUCUUAGACUUUAUGUGAGAAUAAAUAAAAAGAUCAAAACUUGGAGAUUGAAAUGUAAAAGAUUAUAGGCUGUUCUCCAAGUACAGUUUUCAGCGGGUUUGAGUGUGUGCGUAUAUCAUUUUGUUCAGCUGGUUUCUGUUUAAGUAGACCGACAAAUGUGAUCUAUUUCCAGGUGGCAAAACCAGUUCAGUCUCAACCAUAGUACAGUGUUGAUAUUUAUCAGAUUUGCUGGUGUAUUAGGAGAGGCUAUAGAGCAGGAUAUUUAAUAAACUUCGAGGCUCCCAUAAUUGAAAAUCCAUGUUUCCAGGACUUAAAUUUUUUUUUUAAUUUUGCUAUUUUCUUAAAUGUACACCACCUUGGAGAUCAGAUGUUGGUUAAGUCUUACAGCUGUAGCGUUCCGUAUCAAAGUAAUCAAAACGUAUUUAGUACUCCAGCUAAUAAAAAAACACUUUUUUUGGUUAAAA